AGAGGAGAGGUUUCCGUCUCAUUUCUUCUUUUGUUUCUCUCUCUCUAGGUUUCUCUCCUCUCCUCUCCUCUCCUCGGCGUUCUAUCUCAAGAGAUGAAAUUUGUUUUGUUCUUUUGUGUUGAGAGUGCAUCGGAGAGCAGCACCGAUGGAGAAUGAGUAGAAGGUGAAUAGUGUUUCUAUCGAGAUGGAUCGCGACGCGGUGGAGGCGGCGGCUGAAUCUCAGAGCCUUUGAGACGUAAGAGAUAGAGUUUCUGGUUUAUUGUUUGUUCUAAUCGAUUUACCAAAUCGAAAAGUCAUAUCUUUUGAUUUUGAUGCUGAUGUUGGGAUCUUUAACUACUUAUUCAUAAGCAUUUACCAAAUCGAAAAGUCAUAUCUUUUAAACUGUUUUGAGCAAUUGGAGUUUGUGUUCAGUGGUUGCAAUGCUUUGGCUCAGGCUUAUCAAUCUGUAUGAGGACACCUGAUUGUUGGGUUGUAAUGGUUUAGUUUUAUUGACAAGUUUUCAUCUUGAGUUUCACCGGCAGGAUGAUUAAUACUCAUCAAUAUCGUUUUUGUUUUGUAAAACUGUUUCUGCGAGAUGAAUGUGGUGGCUGGACGAAUGAGAAACACAACUUUGGGAACAAACGAGCUCAUUUUGUGUUCUGUAGUAAAGUCUCUGUUUUUGUUAAAUAUGUCGGCUUUUAAAACAAUGGGAACAAGCGAAGAAAAACCAGCAUCCUCAACACAGGACAUUCCCCCCCACACCGUAUCCAGACUGGUCAAACUCUAUGCAGGCUUAUUAUGGAGGAGGAGGUACUCCGAAUCCGUUUUUCCCAUCAAAGGAUCAGGCUAUCUUUGUGGGUGUCAAGCUUGCGAUUAUACAAAGACUGAAAUCGAAAUGCUCAACCGCACAUACAAGUACUGAUAGGAUUUUUAAACGAGGGGUACUCUCCUCUAUUCCUCAGACAAGAGAUGUUCGUCGAUCUCUUUGGAGACUUCAACACAGAACUGGAGGAGAGUCUCGGGAUGAGCAACCUCCUCGCUAAUCUUCUCGUACUCAAGGUGCCAGUGCACAAUACUCCCCGGCCCUCCAUGCUUAGGGGUCACCUGGAUCGUGAGCAAGAAGCUUUUGUACUCUUUCAUCAGAUCACCUUCUAUAACCCUGAACGUGAUCAAGUUCUUCUCCGGCUCCACUGCCUCGAUCCUCUCCUUUGCCACCUUGGCCUCCCCGUCUGCACCAAUUAUUUAAUACUUUUCAUUUGUUUGACUUUGAGAAUACCUUGAAUGUUAGUUCAAAAUCUUAUUAUAUGUACAUGUAUUCAAGUGAUAGUAUUAUUAAGUAUAUAUAUACAUAUAUUGGUCAUCGCCUCGUGGGUAUAUGAGAUCCACAUAUAGCGGUAAUAUUACUAAAAAAGGGAUUUCUUAAAUUCCUCCUAUUAUUAUAAAGUAAGUGAUAGUAGUUUAAUGGGAGUUCAAAAUCAAUUUACGCUAGACAGAACGCUUUAUAUAUUGCACUACAUGAUAUAGACAGUGGCAUACCGCAUACGUGGUAAAUUAGACUUAAGAAAUUGCGGUUUAAUAAGAAUCCAAUGAUAAUAAGAAAAAAAGUGUAUGAAGUUGACUUGCCAUGAAUGUAGUUCCAGUAGACGAUAGAGCCGACUUUGCCCCAGUCCCCUUCAUGCAGGUCACAACCUUGAAUGUUACCUGGAGAUGCUUUGGAGACGUGAUGCGGUCUUCCUGCAAACAUGUGAUGAAACUUUCCAGCCGAAGCUUUGAUCUCCACUUCUGUCUCAAGCUUUCCGACUAAACUAGACGCCUCAGUUGGUGCCGCCUCAGCCAUUCUUUCUACCUCUGAUAAUUAAUGCUUAUCUCGAGAAAAUAGGGGUUUGAGAGAGGAGUGAGUUCCCCUGUGACCUCUUUAGCCCUAUUUGUAGAGAAAAUGGUUGAGUAUCUGUUGAAGAUGACAGCGUUUGAUCAUUAAACUAAUCUCAUUAUUUGUUGUAUUCCAUGUGAACCUCAUCCCCGUUAUUAUGAUUUAGUAGAUUAUUUUGUUUUAUUUA